GACAGAGUCUGACGGAGCAGAUCCAGUGAGAGAGUGAGGAAUAGAGAGACAGAGUUUCUACCUCUCUACCUGUGGAUGACGUCUUGAGCGACGCAGCAGCAAACUUCUGGAGUUUUCUAUCGGAUUAGCACUCUUUCUCCCUCAGCUUAAGAUUUAUCAUGAAGCUCUUCCUGUUGUCUGUGGCGGCGCUGCUCCUGGUGAUGGGAGAGAGCACCGCGGAAAGAAUCCUGUCGAGGAGGACCAAGAGGGACCUCGCCAAUCCGCUGCAUGUCGGAGGCAUCAGGGACCCGUACGGCUCCUACUGCAAGAGGCGAGGAGGCUGCUGCCCCGGCAGAGACGACCUCUGCACGGUUCCCUACCUGGACACCAUCUGUUACUGCGACCUGUUCUGCAACCGGACCAUCGCCGAUUGCUGCCCCGACUUCUGGGGACAUUGUCUCGGAGUGCAGCCGCCUUUCAUAGACACCUGCGAAAGAAAUGGAAACACGUUCUUCACAGGGCAAACAUACAAAGAGAACUGCAAUUUAUGCACAUGUGGGGUCACAGGACGCUGGGAGUGUGAGCAGAACGCCUGCCUGAUGGAGCCGGACGUGAUAGACGGCAUCAACCGAGGCAACUACGGAUGGGAGGCAGCCAACUACAGUCAGCUCUACGGCAUGACGCUGGACGAGGGCAUCCGCUUUCGCCUGGGUACGCAGAGACCGUCCAGGACCAUUAUGAACAUGAACGAGAUGCAGAUGAACAUGGAUCCCGAAGGUGACAGUCUGCCCCUCUACUUCAACUCAGCCGAGAAGUGGCCAGGGAAGAUUCAUGAGCCGCUGGACCAGGGAAACUGCGCUGCAUCCUGGGCUUUCUCAACUGCAGCUGUGGCCUCAGACAGGAUCUCCAUCCAGUCAAUGGGUCACAUGACUCCUCAGCUGUCCCCGCAAAAUCUCAUUUCCUGUGACACGCGCAAUCAGGGCGGGUGCGAGGGGGGGCGCGUCGAUGGAGCCUGGUGGUACCUCCGGCGUAGAGGAGUGGUGACGGAAGGCUGUUAUCCAUACCGACCGCCGCAGGAAGCACCGGCGGAGGUUGGCCGCUGCAUGAUGCAGAGCCGCUCCGUCGGCCGGGGGAAGAGGCAGGCCACGCAGCGCUGCCCCAACGCACACAACUACCAGAACGACAUCUACCAGUCCACACCGCCCUACAGGCUCUCAUCCAAUGAAAAGGAGAUUAUGAAGGAGAUUAUGGAUAAUGGCCCUGUGCAAGCUAUUAUGGAGGUCCAUGAGGACUUCUUUGUCUAUAAGAAUGGGAUCUAUAAACACACUGAUGUCAGCUUCACCAAACCUCCACAAUACCGCAAACACGGCACACACUCAAUUAGGAUCACCGGGUGGGGAGAGGAGAGACAUUUUGAUGGGACAUCAAAAAAAUAUUGGAUCGCUGCAAACUCCUGGGGAAAGAACUGGGGAGAGAACGGCUACUUUCGUAUUGCUCGCGGGGAAAAUGAGUGUGAGGUUGAAACAUUUGUGAUCGGUGCGUGGGGCAGAAUCACGAUGGAGGACAUGCACAGCCACCACCACAACCAUCGUCGCCGGCACACUUAGAGACGCAAAGGAUGUGAGACCUUUGUUUUUAGGAGAAGCACAACAAGAAUCUCGAAAAUUUAGCUCAUCCCCUUCAGCAUCAAGCUGGCUGGUACAACCUCAGAAUCCCAGAGCCCCCGAGACCCUCUGAUUUCAUAC